AUGGCCGCUUCUUCAGUAGGCACCGAUGAUGACACAUGGGCUCUUGCGUUCAAACUGGCUCAGGAGAGGGAGAGCAAUUUAAUGCUUGCUUAUGAGGAGUAUCUAUUCUCUCUGCAAGGCGAUAACGCAGCCAGUGGAGACAUGUCGAUCCCCGAAAUCAUCCAAUCAAUUGUAAAAAGGACGAUAGAAGAGGAAGAAAAGAAGAAUUGGCGCGUCUUGCUCUUUGGCGCAGAUUUUGAGGUCAGAAUACAAGUUCAGAGGCUGACAAAAUUCCUCCUCUGGUCCGAGUCAAUCGUCAAGGCUGCUAUGAGCAGCCAGCCAUACGCAGCGUUAGCAUGGUCGGGCGUCUCAUUGCUUCUUCCGCUCAUCACACGCAACAUGAAGCAAAAAGUGGCAAUGUUAAAGGGCUUCAAUUUGAUUGGCGAUAUACAAAUGUACUGGCGAAUCUGGGAAGAGACAUGCCUUCUAUCCCUAAACAAAUCGUCCUACGAACAGUACUUGGCCAAGUUGUAUUCCGUCAUAAUUGAAUACCAGGCUCGAGUUUUAUGCCAUCUCUCCAGACGCCAGCUCUCUCGAGAAUGGAACGAUAUCAUUAACCCUGAAGAAUGGGACAAGAAGAUACAAGAAAUUCGGCGGCUAGAUGAAGAAUGCCGCAAUACCCUCCAUGUGGUUAACGCAGAUCAGAUUGAGAGAGAUUGGAGGGAACAGCUAAUUGAGAUGCAAGAGUCGCGGGGUUUCCUGGGUAAAACUCACAAUACUCUCCUGGAAAGCGGAGCUGAAAUUCAGGAGAACUACGAAGAUCAGAGAGAGAGGGCUCUCCUCCAAACCCUCUCGUCCGAUUAUGAAGGUCACAAAGACUUGAUUCCUCGGAAGAUGGAAGGAACUUUUGAGUGGUUCUUCGCUGAUGAGAGAUUUCGCAACUGGCGAAAUAGCAACGUCUCUAGUCUUCUCUUCGUCUCUGCCGACCCAGGAUGGGGGAAAUCCGUCUUGUCGCGAUCGCUGAUCGAUGAGCGACGGUUGUCAACCAACGCCACAACAUCAAUCGUCUGUCAUUUCUUCUUCAAGGAUGGUGACGAUAGCCGAAUGCACCCUCACAAUGCGCUUUCUGCAAUACUUCACCAGCUCUUCACUCAUGACCCUACCGGGAGUUUGAUUACACAAGCACUUCCUAGGUAUAAGAAUUUUGGCGAAGCAUUGACUCAUAAAUUUUCUGAGCUAUGGAAGAUUCUAUUGAGAUGCGCCAGUUUAUUGAAUUCCGGAGAAAUCAUCUGUGUUAUCGAUGGCCUCGAUGAAUGCCAUGUGGACAGCAGAUGGAUAUUUAUCGAUGAGCUCAAGGAGUUUUAUCGGCAUCCCCAGGGGUCGUCCUCGAAGCUCAAAUUUCUUAUAACCAGCCGUCCAUUUGGAGAUAUUGACAUCCAUUUCGAGAAGUUAUCUGGCGCUACUUCGUAUCUACGAUUCGAUGGUGACGACAAGUCUGCAGAGAUCAGUCACGAUGUCGAUUCGAUCAUCAACUUUAGAGUGAACGAAAUUACACAGAAUUUUACAGAAAACGACCGCCGCCUAAUUGCUGAUCGACUCGAAAGCAUGGAGCAUCGCACAUAUCUCUGGUUAUACUUUACACUUGACAUUAUCAAGAGAAUUACGAGCCAAUAUGGCAAAGGCCUGGAUGUGGACGCUGUUCUCUCUAGCCUAUCCUCCUCGUUAUCUGAAGCCUACGAAAAUAUUCUAUCCAGAACAGCAACGCGUCCUCUGACUUUGGCCGAGGCCAACUUCGCCUUGACGCUGGCUACAGCAGAACCGGAACACCGGUUUGAAUCCCACGCCAUCUUGCAAGAUGAGCUCUGGUCCUUAAAUAAUGUUAAGGAUGACUUGAUAAACCUAUGCGGACUCUUUAUUAGAGUCGAUGAUGGAAAGCUAUAUUUUAUUCACCCAACAGCUAGAGAGUUUCUUGUUCAUCCACAAAGGCAGGGAGAAUGGCAGGGACGCUUUCACGACAUGUCGAAGUCGCACAGCAUAAUGUCUUCAGAAGCUGUCGAAGCCAGCUCAUCCCGGAAAGAUGCGCUGGCUCUCUGUUGCGCAGCCAACGUUUGGAUAUCAAUCAUUUAUCUGUCUGCGCGGACUGAUGAAUGGAAAAACUGGACGAGUCUUGAUCUUGCUAGCAAAUUUGGUCUCGACCAAAUUGUUCAGAUGAUGCUGGAAGCUGGCGCUGAUGUUGAUACGCAAGGAUCAUUUGGCACGCCGCUUCAAAUAGCAGCAUAUCGCGGACAUGGAGAGAUCGUCCAGAUGUUGCUGGACAAUGGCGCCAGUAUGAGUUUGCACGCAUAUAGGACCAACACAGCGCUUUGCGGGGCAUCAGACCAAGGGCAUGUAGAGAUUGUCAAGAUGCUGCUGGACAGCGGUGCUGAUGUAAAUAUGCGAGGAAAAGGAGAGUGGGGCUAUAGCGGCACAGCACUUCAAGCAGCGGCAAAUUAUAGCCACGAAGAGAUUGUCCAGAUACUUCUGAAUCAUGGUGCUGAUGUUAAUGUGCGCGGAGGGCUCUGGGGUACGGCGCUUCAAGCAGCAUCGAAAAAUAACCAUACAGAAGUUGUUCGGAUGCUGAGUGGAAGAGGAGCAGUAAUAAAUACCUAG